GGUCACGUGAGGCGGAGCCGGAGAAGAUGGAGUCGGUGUGAGAGCGGCAGCUGCUGAGUCCGGAUCUCGGGUUAAAGUUAUAUAUAUGUAUAUAUAUAUAUUUAUAUUCCCGGAGAAUCGUCUCCAAUAAUAACAAUAAUUAUAUAAACAGUAAUAGUUCUCGGGGCCCCACAUCCCGGGAGCCUCGGCCCCGGGGGGACCCGCGCAGAACCGGAGGGAAAGGUUUACUGUGACUGAGGCUGUUUCGUCUCUGACAACAACAACAACAACAAUAAUAAUAAUAAUAAUAAUAAUCGUUGCAUUUGAUACAGCGCCUCGUGCGGCGGAGACGUCUCCCGAAGCGCUUCGCCGGUCGCCGCUGCGAAGCGUAGUGACUGCGUCUGACCCCGGGAGCACGAGCGGAGGAUGCCACGGGCCGCCCGCGGGACCUCGGGGCGGCUCACGUAGGGAGCGAUUCGCUGCCCUUUGAACGGACCGAGGGGUUGGGGGAGGGGGAGGGGGGUGCGAUGGGCCGGAGUCGUUCGAAGGAGAAGUGCCGGGACAGGAGCCAAAGUGCUUCUCAGGACAGAACCCGGAGGAAAGAAGGGACGGAGGAGGGAAAGCAGAGCGGCGGCGGCGCCGGGUCAGGCGCACGGCAUCGCGGCCGCAGCUCGGCCCCGGCUCCCAGGCCGGCAGAGGACGGGUCGCGGAGGAAGAGAGUCGGGAGGAAAUCCAGCUCGUCGUCUGACUCCUCGUCUCCAUCCUCCUCCUCCUCCUCCUCCGCCGCCGCCUCCUCCUCCUCGGAAGAGCCUUCGGGGGUGGAGAAGUGCGGGAAAAGGCGACGCCGGUCGAAGGGGAAAAGCGUCAAAAAGGCGAAAAAGAAGAAAAGUAAGAAGCCCAAAAAACACAAGAGGAAGAAAAGUAAAAGCAAAAGCCGGAGGGACGAGAGUGCGGAGGUUGUGCCGGAGGAGACGUAUGAGGAUAUCCCUGGGCCCCCCGAGGUGCUGAACGACACCCUGACGGACGCUGAGAUCGCAGUGACGGACGAGCAGCAAGCUCGCAUCCAGGCAAUGCGUCCGAUGACCAAGGAGGAGUGGGACGCCAAGCAGAGCGUCAUCAGGAGAGUGGUGGACCCAGACACGGGCAGGACCAGGCUUAUUAAAGGCGACGGUGAGGUUUUGGAAGAAAUCGUCAGUCACGAGAGACACAGAGAAAUAAACAAGCAAGCCUCGGUGGGGGAUGGAUUGAGUUACCAGAAGAGAAUGGGGCUGCUUCGAAAGUGAGCCUUAGCUCAGUGCAGGCAAGAAAAGUACCAAGGCUUUUCCAUCUGUCUGUAACUCUAGGAAAGUUGCGUGGAGUUAUGUGUAUAUUAUAUAUUCAUUACUCGAAAGAAAGGUUCGGCACUGACAAUUUGUGUUGUAAAGUAGUGGGUUACAGGCACCGCAGCUGAGCUCCCUGUCGUUUUCCGCAACUCCUGCGGAUUGGAAGAGGAACUCGUGGGGGAAGGGAAUAGAACAUGGACAGGUUAUCCCUGUUGUGGGUUUAACUGAAGUAGGAACGAGUCUUAACAUGACGAAAAGGCAAAGCUUCGUGGCUGCAGGAUGGAUUUUGUACCUAGAAUUUCUGAACGUGUAGCAACAUGUUCCUUUAUUAAGAUCUUUAAUUUGGGGGUUGAUUUGCAAGUUGGGUAAAAUGAUGGGAGUUUAUAGCCGAUAAGUGUUAUCCUUUUGGUUGGUUGUUAAUCGGAGGUACUCCCACACGGUUUUACAGAUUCGCAAAGUACUUCCCAUUAAAUCCUAGAGCGAUUGGUAAACUCCUGUGUGUGUGUGUGUGU